UCUUGUUUCACGGAUCCGCCUCCACCGUUACAGUAGAUGAGCUGUGAUGCUGCACUUACUUCUCGACUCUAAAAUGUCUUUGUUCGAUUUGAACUGUCUGUAAUCAGGUUUCUGUUUACAACUAAAGGUCGUGGAUGUCGCUUUCCGAACAUCGUGACUUUGUAGCGUACAGUGAGUUUGUUUUCUCUUGGUGUGUUCGCUGGCCAUGAAGCUAACAGGCUAACAGCACUAAGCGUCAGUUAGGUAUGUAAUAUUGUUAGCUUUGCUGUUUGAGUGUUAGAAGCUGAUGGUGGUGAAGUGUAUGGCGUCGGGGAAAUACUCUUCGGCUUUAUACUUUUCUACACUGCAGGACUGAAGGAGACACGGAAUAGCGAGCUGCUGUUAAGAAAGACUUUCAAAACGAAAAGGCUUCAGUAGUAAGAGCAGCAGCAGCUAGCGGGCUAGCUGUUUAUGCUGAAGGGAGGAGAGGACGGCACUCUUAAGAAAAAGGAAAGCCUGUAAUGGCCAACGAGCCGGUUAUACUGAACGUGUAUGACAUGUACUGGAUCAAUGAGUUCACUACCUCUCUGGGUAUUGGGGUUUUUCACUCAGGAAUUGAGAUUUAUGGCAGAGAAUUUGCCUAUGGGGGGCAUCCAUACCCGUUUUCUGGCAUAUUCGAGAUAACGCCUGGUGAUGCCACCGAACUGGGCGAAACGUUUAAAUUUAAAGAGGCAAUAGUUCUUGGGAGUACGGACUUCACUGAGGAAGAUGUGGAGAGGAUUAUUGAGGAAUUGGGGAAGGAAUACAAGGGUAAUGCUUAUCACCUCAUGCACAAGAACUGCAAUCACUUUUCCUCAGCUCUGUCAGAGAUCCUGUGCGGUCGUGAGAUCCCACGCUGGGUAAACCGACUGGCCUACUUCAGCUCGUGUGUGCCCUUCCUGCAGAGCUGCCUGCCUAAAGAGUGGCUGACUCCUGCAGCACUGCAGUCCAGCGUGAGUCAGGAGCUUCAGGGUGAGCUGGAGGAAGCAGAGGAUGCCGCCGCCUCCGCUUCAGCCUCCACACCCCGUCCGAGCCGACACCAGCCACGUCGAUAGAUUUUGCUGCCUUGACUGACCCCUUAGCUUUCGCUGCCAACAGUGCUUAUUCCUUCCAGUGACAAACCUGCAAUCCACCAGCAGCACAGAUAAGCUCAGUCCUGUCAGUGAAUGGCUCUGCCAUAACUGCAGGGUCCUGCGCUAUCGGGGUUACGGUUAAGCCCUACGAGGACUUUAAGCCUGGUUUAACGACACAGAGCUUAUUUAAUCAGUGUUUUAAAUCUAUUUUUUGGCUAAUAUUGUUUUGUUGGGAAACUCAGGACUGUAAAACAUUGUUCACACAUCUGCUGAUUUACAUGAAAGGUUUUUAUUUCAUUUUGCUGGAUUUUCUCACUCGCCUUUCUUUCCUCUAUCGUUGAAGAAAUUGUCACCUCAGUGCAUCUUUUUAAAAGGAAGUUCUUGUUUACAACCCUGUGUUCUGUUCAUGUAUUUAUAAGUUCUGGAUACAGACAAGCUGACACUGGGGUCAAAGUCCUGGUCUUUUGUACUGACACAUUUCAUGUCAACCCACUUUUGUGAUUGUGCCUAAAGAUUUUUACUGUUACUCGCUCCCAGAGAGCUCUGCACUCUUUCUCUACAGUUUACCUGUCAGUCUACUCUGAGUAGCCGACCCCUUCGUACCCUGCAAACCCGAUUUCAGAUCUUUUACACCGUUUGGGUUUUUAGAGUCUUUAUGUGUUGGAUAAACUGUUUGUAUUCCAUUUGAUGAUUAUUAAAGAGAUCUACAACUUU